GCCUCUGCCAGAGCUGUCGGUGGAGUAUCCACUCGUCGGUAGCCUGAACGGACUGAAAACACAAGUCGAGCAUAACCGGAGUGGACCGCUUCGCUACCCGGGCUGCCGUCGAGCAGCUUGUUUUGUAUAGCAAGAAGAAGAAGAAAUAACAUUUAGUUUUCAUCCUGACUUUUCCAGAUUGGGAGCUGGGGGACAUUUGGUGUCAGCUAACUUCCACAAUAGGUCGCUGCGUCGCUGGACGGCUGCAUAUGUUUUAUUUGAGCUUAACAGUUUGACUCCAGCCCUUCCAGCCGUGCCCAAUGCUGAGGAAUGGAUAGUGUGUCUGUUAAAGGUGGGAAGAUGGUCGAGAGUGAUGAUCAGCCGGAGAGGGGUACUGGCGGUGGCGCAGCGAUGGCCGCACUACAUCAAUGCGAACUCAUCCAGAAUAUGAUUGAUAUCUCCAUCUCCAGUUUACAGGGGCUACGGACCAAAUGCGCCGCGUCCAACGACCUCACGCAGCAAGAAAUACGCACUUUAGAGGUGAAGCUGAUGAAAUACAUCUGUAAACAGCUGCAGUGCAAGCAGAAAGUGCCAGAGACAGAGAGGCCAGAGGCCCUGGACAGCUACCCACACCUACGAGAUUGGCUACGCACCAUCAACCUGCGACCGGAGCUCAUCGAGGCGGUGGAAGCAAAGUUGUCCCUGGAUGCCUUACUGCAGAUGACAGGUGCUCAGGUGAGGGAUACAAUGCGAAGACUAGGGUCCAGCUCAGAAGAAUGUGCCAGGCUCAGUGCUGCCCUCUCCUGUCUGAAGAGUGCUACUGAAUCAGGAGGUGAACUGAGGGAAGACGGCAGUCCGUGGCUGUCUGAGCCGACCAGGAGGGACAGCGGCUCACUACUGACUGCAGACCAGCUCACCAGCCUGGGGACUUCAAUCCGCCCUCACAGUCCCUCACCUCUUGCCCGCCCAUCCACCAUCCAGUCCACCCCAUCCACACCCUCCGCCACCUUCCCUCAUCCCCGCUCAGGCUCGAUGUCAGCGGCACCCACGCCCGAGGCACUGGCAUCGCAUAUCCACAGUGAAAGCCCCCUCACAGAUCCAUUCCCCAUGUCUUUAGCUCGCACAGCUCGGCUUCACGGACACGCUUCCACCCCACCCAUAACUCCACCCUCGAAGAGGCGUCACCGACUGAAGCCGCCCUGCACGCCUCCACCUCCUUCCCGCAAAGUGCUGCAUCUGCUUCCCAACAUCACCCUGACGCGCAGCAAAAGCCACGAGUCUCAGCUGGGCAACCGCAUUGAAGACCCUCCCACCAACAAAUGUGUUAGAAAGAAUAAGUUAUUCCUAAAUAUGCAAGUCAACGGGAAUGGAUGUGAGGACUUGCCGUCUCGCUACCCUGCCAUGUCUGCGCGUACCCCUGGAGUCACCCCAGCCGCCACCACAGCACCUUACACCCUGCCUGGCACGCCCACCCUACUGGAAGAGCACAGCACCAUCAAGAAUAACGUAGCAGUGCAUCGCAGCUCCCCACAAGCAGUGAGGAGGGACAUAGGCCUAGCGGUCACACACAGGUUUUCGACCAAGUCCUGGCUGUCCCAGACAUGUCAGGUGUGCCAGAAGAACAUGAUGUUUGGGGUUAAGUGCAAACACUGUCGGUUAAAGUGCCACAACAAAUGCACAAAGGAAGCUCCAUCCUGCAGAAUCUCCUUUCUACCAAUUGCCAAAAUUCGGAGGACUGAGUCUGUUCCGUCUGAUAUAAACAACCCUGUGGACCGGCCGCCGGAAGCACCGCAGUUUGGCACACUACCUAAGGCCAUUACCAAAAAGGACCAUCCUCCAGUGCUGAACCAGCUGGACUCCAGCAGUAAUCCGUCCUCCACCACUUCAUCCACACCUUCCUCCCCGGCACCCUUCCAGCAGAGCAACCCCCCCAGCGCCACUCCACCGCCCAACCCCUCGCCCAAAGGUCAUCGGGACAGUCGCUUCAACUUCCCAGCUGCCUGUUACUUUCAGCAUAGACAGCAGUUUAUCUUCCCUGAUGUCUCCAGUCCUGCUAAUUUGCACUCUGAUGUCCUACAAGACACUGUCAGUGAGAUAGAGCAGUCAGCGGACGACAUACACGCUGAGCUGGUGGAAGACGAAGACGAAGAGGAAGGGGAGGAGGAAAUUGAGGUUGAAGAUGAAGACCCAGAGGGAGAGGAGGAGAAUGAGGAAGAUGAGGAGGAGAAUGAGGAUGAAGGAGAGGAUGAGGAUGACGGGGAGGAGAUCCGGAUGAACGUGGGCUCAGACGGGGAGUUGGACGGCGAUGAGCUGGAUGACCUUCCCAGCUCUCGGGGGAACCAGUGGAAGGGCCCCAUCUCCCGAAAGGCGAGUCAGACCAGUGUCUACCUUCAGGAGUGGGACAUCCCCUUUGAACAGCUGGACCUCGGAGAACUCAUAGGAAAGGGGCGCUGGGGAAAAGUGCAUAAAGGUCGGUGGCAUGGCGAAGUAGCUAUCCGACUUCUUGAGAUCGAUGGAAACAAUCAGGACCAUCUGAAGCUCUUUAAAAAGGAGGUGAUGAACUACAGACAGACCAGGCAUGAGAAUGUGGUCCUCUUCAUGGGGGCCUGCAUGGCUCCACCCCACCUAGCCAUCAUCACCAGUUUCUGUAAAGGGAGGACACUGUAUUCAGUUGUUAGAGACACUAAAAACACUUUGGAUAUUAAUAAGACGAGACAAAUCGCUCAGGAGAUUGUAAAGGGAAUGGGCUACCUGCACGCUAAAGGCAUUGUUCACAAAGACUUGAAGUCAAAGAACGUUUUUCAUGACACCAAUAAAGUCGUCAUCACAGACUUUGGACUGUUUGGGAUCUCUGGAGUUGUUCAGGAGGGGAGGCGUGAGAAUAAGCUAAAACUUCCACAUGGCUGGAUUUGUUAUCUCGCACCAGAGAUUGUGCGCAAGAUGAGCCCAGGUAACAAUGAGGACCGCCUUCCUUUCUCCACCGCAGCAGAUGUGUAUGCCUUUGGCACCAUUUGGUAUGAGCUUCAAGCUAGGGAUUGGCCAAUCACCAACCAGCCUGUGGAAGCUACCAUCUGGCAGGUGGGAAGCGGAGAGGGCAUAAAGAAGGUCUUGGCCGAGAUCAGCCUGGGCAAGGAGGUCACUGAGAUCCUCUCCGCCUGCUGGGCGUACGACCUGAGAGAGAGGCCGACCUUCACCCAGCUGGCCGACAUGCUGGAGAAGCUGCCCAAACUCAACCGCAGGCUGUCCCACCCGGGACACUUCUGGAAGUCUGCAGAGUAGGUAUCCAGAAGGGAAGGACGAUGUGAAGACACUGGACAUGUGAAAACAAACACACACACACACACACAAAAGUUUCCUUAAUCCUUAUUGUGUAUUUUCUGAUUCCUUGUGGUACAAUGGCUUGUAAGUGAUGAUCCUAUUAAGUCAGUGACUCCAAACUGAAGCAGAAUUUUUUAAGCUUUAGGGGUUACAUAGUCUUAUUUAUUCAUGAGCUUCAUUCAGGGAUUCAUUUGUUUGAUAUAUUUUCUAUAUAAAACAAGAUAAAUAGGUUUGAAGUAUUUCAUCAUUUCUGCUCACCGUCACAUAAACCAAAUGCUCUCUGUCACUGCACCAUGGUGUAGUGUAGAUCCUCUCAGCUACUGUUCUCAAAUGAAAUGUGAACUUUGUGGUCUCUAUACGUAGAUGUGAAUCGUAAAGUUAAAUUUAUUCUUCAUCACACAACACUGUUGAAAUGACCCAUUGGAGACAGAAAAAAGGGCUGAACUGUCACCAUCUCAUAUAUUUAGAGUUUUGUUAUGUCAUGAGCAACAUGAUAUGAUGGUUUGUUGUCAUAGCGAUUUAUCAGUUCCUUAAACAGGGCUGUCAGGGAGAGCAAAACGUGUCAUGGCAGAUAUACACAACUGUAAAACUGCACUUCAUCUCUGUCCUCACACAUGUGUGAAACCGUAGCAGUCUGUUGGUUAACUGUGUGAUCACAGUUAAAUCAUUUUCUUGUGCUCACUGUCAUCAGAGCAUAAAUAUGGGCCUUUUUGUGCCACAUCAUCUUAAGUUGAGAGCGGCUGUUCAAAGUGUGAAACAACCACCCUUGUUUUUACCUUGUUUGUUGUUAUCUUCAUUGGUUUUGCAGUAAUCCUGUCCAUUGCUGCAUCAGAACGGGUUUCAUCCUCUUUUUACCCAGUGUUUUCACUUUCUGCAGCCACACACUCAUCACUUUUAUUUACACGGCUUCAGUACAGCUUUGCUUUCCCACUUGUUUUCUGCUUCUUGUUUAAAAACCACUAGUCGAGGGCUUCACUAUUGAUCCUAAAUGGUUAAAUGCCGGUUUUGUUUAGCCGGAUGAUGAGGGACAUAUGUUUUCUUUAAAAGAAAACAAUACAAACGUCUUAAGGAGCUCUCCUUGUAAAUAAAAUGGUGAAAUUAAUCUUUGCUGUCGAUUAAACUUGCAAAGCCUAAUCUACACAUAGGUAAUAUCUUGCUGCUUUUCAAAUGAUGCUUUCUUCACUGUAAGCCUGUUCCACUUUCACUAACCGUCUAACGUUUGUGUUUUCCUUUGCUCUUUCCUCUCUUUUCUUAUUCUCUUUUCUAAUCUAGGUUGUAGCAGUUACUCUGAAACAUAAGCAAUGCAAAACAAAGCCUGGGUCUGCCUUGCAUGCUCCUGAAUCCUUAACUCUUACAGGAUUGAUCAAAGCAUUGCCUCUGCCUGAAACAGACACUGCUUCCACUAAUCCACAGUCUGAUCUUCCAUGUCUAACCGUUGCGUUUUCUUGUUGGGAAGAGAGGAUCGGUGGACUGAGGUGCGGCGAGGGGUGGGGGACAACCACCAUCGUCCUCCACGCUUUCCCUCCUUUUCGUCUAAUAUCUCUUUGCCUUCCUUUUUUUGGGUUUUGUUCUGUAAUGUUGUUCGGGGACUCUGAGGCUUGUGAAUAACUGGCUUGUGGUGUCCAUGCUGAGACUGACUGGUGUGCUGUGGUCUGUGCCUGCUGAUGGCUGCCCUGUCCUUGGCCAGCUCACCUUCUUUGUGCUGCUGUGAUGUGGUUGUUCUCGCCUGGGCCCUGACCACACGGCUCUCUCUCUCUCUCUCUCUCUCUGAAACACACAUGCACACAAACAAACACACUGCUGGACAUAAAACGAACCCUACUACCAAAUGGACCGCUUCGUUUAUCUCUGUAUUCCCUGAGGGUUUGACACAGGUUUGACAUGCUGCUUGACUGAUGUUCUCGAACCAACUGCCUCUCUGCUCCUCUCCCUCAUUUUUUUUUUAAUGGUUGUGUAUGAUGGCAUGUGCUGAGACGUUCACCUGCCCAUGUCUAGACACAAUUUGCACUUUGUCAACAGGAGAAAAAAAAAAAUCAUGAUCUCUUUUUCUGUUGUUGUUCAGUUUGGUUUUUGAAUAGUCAUAUUUGCAGUGUUUCCUUUUAUUCUCUCAGAGGGUCUCAGAGGCUCAGACGGUGUGAUAUGCUCACUUGUCGUUUUUGGAGUAUAACCUGUUAAAUUCACUGUUCAUUGGAUGCGUUUGAAAACGGGGCACUGUAUGCGAAACGACGGUCGAAUAGAAACGUAACAGGUGAAUUAUUCCCUUCAUCAUUCACAAUCCACACGGGAAUAGAAUAAUGCUGGCUAUUUAUGAUUAAAGACUUUUUAAUAAUAGCGUCCAUCCAUUGAAGUGUAAAGUGCACUUUAUACGAAUAUGAGUUCCUUAGAAAGAUCCUUCUUUCAAGAAGUUGAGUGGUUUCAUUCUCUGCGCAAAAAAAGAAAAAAAGAAAAGAAAAAUCAGGAACCUGGCGCAAAAGUGUCCUAUAUCUUCCUAAUACAUUACCUCUUGUGCGCGCUUGUGCAUACUGUUUGUGAUUGCUGGCUUCAGUUGGUGUGCUUGUAUUUAUGUGUUAUGUGUGGGUGCACGUGCGACUGAGUGAGCGUACUGUGUUGGAAUACGUAGGGUUGGUCUUCGUGAAAGAUUGCGGUAAAUGUUGUGUUGCAAAUCCAAUGGUAUGUAAUGUACAUACAUUAUUUAAUGUAUAGCAAAUUAACAUGAUUCUUCUAAUAUUUGUAUAAACAUUUUAUAUGUAAAACUACAUCACAACAUUUUUGAAUAGGUACUGCUAUGGCUAUUACAGAUGUGUAUAUAUAUUUAUAUUUUUUUCAUGUAUAAAAUACUGUAUAAAAGCUGUACAAUUUUUAGAAUGGGCCAAUACAUGUUUUUUUAUGUUACUGUAAAAAUUCAUAUUUUUGUAUUGCAUGUGACUACCAUUCUGUACACGCAGUUUCUGUUUUCAUCCAUGGAAGACAAUAAAAUGAGGCUUGUC